UCCUUCACUAGGACCAAGCUGGCUUCCCAGGAGUGCCUGAGUCAUGAGGGGUGGGGCAGAGGUGGGAGAGGAUAAGUAGCUGCCAGCCUUGCCCAGCUGCUCUCUGCAUCCUCCCCACCUCCCCAGCAAAAUGCGUCUUGCCCGAGUGCUCGGCUCCUGCUUCCUGCUCCUGAUCCUGGGAGCCUUGCCUGGAUGGGCAGCCAGCGAUGACCCCCUUGAGAAGGUCCUUGAAGGGAUCAACCGAGGGUUGAGCAAUGCAGAGAGAGAGGUGGGCAAGGCCCUGGAAGGCAUCAAUAAUGGAAUCACGCAAGCCGGAAGGGAAGUGGAGAAGGUUUUUAAUGGACUUAGCAGCAUGGGGAACCAGGCCGUCAAGGAGGUGGACAAAGGCCUCAACAGCGGCUUGGACAAGGUAGCCCAUGGGAUCAACAGUGGCGCCGGACAAGCAGGGAAGGAAGCAGAGAAGUUUGCCCACGGGGCCAACAACGCUGCUGGACAGGUUGGGAAGGAGGCAGACAAACUGAUCCAUCAUGGGGUCAAUCAGGCGGGAAAUGAAGCAGGGAGGUUUGGCCAAGGGGCCCAUCAUGUUGUGGGGCAGGGUGGGGAUGAGUCUGGGAGGUUUGGCCAGGGUGCCCACCAUGCCUUUGGUCAGCCUGGGAAGGAGGCAGAGAAGUUAGGGCAGGGUGCCCACCAUGCCUUUGGUCAGGCCGGGAAAGAGGCAGAGAAACUGGGUCAGGGUGCCCACCAUGCAGAGAAACUGGGUCAGGGUGCCCACCAUGCCUUUGGUCAGCCUGGGAAGGAGGCAGAAAAGUUAGGGCAGGGGGCCCACCAUGCCUUUGGUCAAGCCGGGAAGGAGGCAGAGAAACUGGGUCAAGGAGCCCACCAUGCCUUUGGUCAGCCUGGAAAGGAGGCAGAGAAGCUAGGGCAGGGUGCCCACCAUGCCUUUGGUCAAGCCGGGAAGGAGGCAGAGAAGCUGGGUCAGGGUGCCCAUCAUGCCUUUGGUCAGCCUGGGAAGGAGGCAGAGAAGUUAGGGCAGGGGGUGCACCAUGCCUUUGGUCAAGCCGGGAAGGAGGCAGAGAAACUGGGUCAGGGUGCCCAUCAUGCCUUUGGUCAGCCUGGAAAGGAGGCUGAGAAGUUAGGGCAGGGUGCCCACCAUGCCUUUGGUCAGGCCGGGAAGGAGGCAGAGAAGCUGGGUCAGGGAGCCCAUCAUGCCUUUGGUCAGCCUGGGAAGGAGGCAGAGAAGUUAGGGCAGGGUGCCCACCAUGCCUUUGGUCAGGCUGGAGAUGAAGCUGGGAAGUUAGGGCAGGGUGCCCAUCAUGUCUUUGGUCAGGGUGGGGACGAAGCCGGGAGGUUUGGCCAGGGUGCUCACCAUGCCUUUGGUCAGGGUGGGGAUGAAGCUGGGAGGUUUGGCCAUGGUGCCCACCCUGCCUUUGGUCAGGCCGGGAAGGAGGCAGAUAGGGUAGUCCAGGGGACCUAUCAUGGAGUUAACCAGGCCAGAACAGAGGCUCAGCAGUUUGGGCUUGAUGCUUAUUAUGCCGCAGGGCAGGCUGGGAAAGAGAGAGAUGAACUUGUUCAAGGUUUCCAUGCUGGGGCCAACCAGGCUGGGAGAGGACUGGAACAGUUUGGCCAGGACCUUAGCCGUGGGGUUAAUGAGGCUUGGCAGGAGACAGAGCGGUUUGGCCAGGGGGUUCACGAUGCAGCGGGGCAGGUGGGGAGGGAGGCAGACAGAAUAGGCCAAGGUAUGCAUCACCAGGCUGGGAAGGAGGCAGGGCAGCUUGGCCAGGGAGUUCACCAUGCCGUUGAACAGGCCGGAAAGGAAGCAGACAAAGUGGUCCAAGGGGUCCACGAUGGGGUCCAGCAGGCCGGGAAGGAGGCAGAGAAGCUUGGCCAAGGGGUCCAACAUGCUGCUGGCCAGGCCGGAAAGGAGGCGCAGAAACUUGGCCAUGGUGUCCAGCAUGCUGCCGGCCAGGCCGAGAAGGAAGUGGACAGGUGGCAGCAGAAUGUUCAUAAUGGGGCCAACCAAGCCAGCAAGGAGGCCAACCAGCUGCUGAAUGGCGGUCAAGGCGGCUCUACCGGGCAGCACGCAGGGGGCGUAACCACUACAGUAGCAUCUGGAGCCUCGGUCAACAAGCCCUUCAUCAACUUUCCGGCGCUGUGGAGGAGCAUCGCCACCAUCAUGCCCUAAACAGACGUCCUGGCUUUGCCAAGCACGCGGGCACGCGGACGUUCCUGUUGCCCUAUCAGCUGGAAUGACUGGCAGGAGCUUGGAAUGGGUUGGGGGCAGAUUUCUG